AUGGAGGCUCGGAGCUUGGUUUUAUCGAUGAACACUAAUUUCUCUUCCUUUGAUCUCUCUCGACCUAUAUCUCCCGUCACUCACUUACUCGUUCCGUUCCGAUCGGCUAAACUAAGCACCCGCUCCAUUUCUAGGGUUUCGGCGUCGAUUUCUACGCCUGAUAGUAAAACUUCUUCCUCCGAUCAUGCGAUUGACACCAACAAGAAUACUGCAAUCUCUGUGAAACCUGUUUAUGUCCCGACGCCUCCCAAUCGCGAGCUCCGGACUCCUCACAGUGGGUACCAUUUCGAUGGAACAGCUCGGAAGUUCUUCGAGGGAUGGUAUUUCAGGGUUUCGAUCCCAGAGAAGAAGGAGAGUUUUUGUUUUAUGUAUUNUGUGGAGAAUCCAGCGUUUAGNAAGAGAUUGUCACCANUGGAAGUAGCUCUAUAUGGACCAAGAUUCACUGGUGUUGGAGCUCAGAUUCUUGGUGCUGAUGAUAAAUAUAUAUGUCAAUACACUGAAGAGUCUCAAAAUUUCUGGGGAGAUAGACAUGAGCUAGUUUUGGGGAAUACUUUCAGUGGUGUGCCAGGAGCAAGGCCUCCAAACAAGGAGGUUCCACCAGAGGAAUUCAACAGGAGAGUGUCAGAAGGGUUCCAAGCUACCCCAUUUUGGCAUCAAGGUCACAUUUGCGAUGAUGGCAGGACUGACUAUGCGGAAACUGUGAAAUCUGCUCGGUGGGAGUAUAGUACCCGUCCUGUUUAUGGUUGGGGUGAUGUUGGGGCCAAACAGAAGUCUACUGCAGGCUGGCUUGCAGCUUUUCCUGUAUUUGAGCCUCAUUGGCAGAUAUGCAUGGCAGGAGGCCUUUCAACAGGGUGGAUAGAAUGGGGCGGUGAAAGAUUUGAAUUUCGGGAUGCACCUUCUUAUUCAGAGAAAAAUUGGGGUGGAGGCUUCCCCAGGAAAUGGUUUUGGGUCCAGUGUAAUGUCUUUGAAGGUGCAAGUGGAGAAGUUGCUUUGACUGCAGCUGGCGGGUUGAGGCAAUUGCCCGGAUUGACUGAGACCUAUGAAAAUGCUGCACUGGUUUGUGUACACUAUGAUGGAAAAUUAUACGAGUUUGUUCCGUGGAAUGCUGUUGUUAGAUGGGAGAUGUCUCCAUGGGGUUAUUGGUAUAUGACUGCAGAGAACGAGACCCAUUUGGUGGAACUAGAAGCAAGAACAAACGAAGCAGGUACUCCUCUGCGUGCUCCUACCACAGAAGCUGGGCUAGCUACAGCUUGCAGAGAUAGUUGUUACGGUGAAUUGAAGUUGCAGAUAUGGGAACGGUUAUAUGAUGGAAGUAAAGGAAAGGUAAUACUGGAGGCAAAGAGCUCGAUGGCAGCGGUCGAGAUAGGAGGAGGACCGUGGUUUGGGACAUGGAAAGGAGAUACGAGCAAAACACCCGAGCUACUCAAACAGGCUCUUCAGGUCCCAUUGGAUCUCGAAAGUGUCUUUGGUUUGGUCCCUUUUUUCAAGCCACCUGGUCUGUAA